AAUCACUAGAGCGCCGCGGGAUCAACUGGUACAACAUUCUGUGAUCUAAUGAUCGGCUAUUGUUUUUGCUUCGAUCUAGAUGUUCUAUCUUAUGGUAAGCCCUGGUAAGUCGUCGGACACCCCGAACUAAUACAAAUUCUAUUGCUCCGCGUGUUUGUUUCUCCACCUGAGCCUCGGGCCUGACUAGGGUCGAAUUGCCCAGAAUCGAAAGGGCACCGAACAAAAGGCAGUUGCAUAAUGAUCGGCGUCUUAGGACACCAACAACAAGAGUAAGAUACCGGUUUCAAACUUUGCCCCUUUUCCCGGGCUCCCACAUAGAUUUGGUUGUAUUGAUGAAGUCGAAGCUUCUAAGUUAACAAGGACGGGAUUACGCACAGUCCUGCUCAUCCUAUUCGUUCGCUUCUCCUCCCCUCCAGGGGAAUGGGAUGGAGCCAUCUCCCUCAUCUUCUUUCCCUCGCGAUCGCUACGUGUUAGCCGAUAUCGUAUUCAGCGAAUUUGCGCCAGCAAUUGCUCAACAAAGGCGCCGCUAACCGCUUGACAUUUCUGUUCUCAUAUAUACACUGCUGCCUGUGCAGCGUUGACCCCUGUCCGCUUUUCAUCCUUCGGCUGGAACCAUGGGGCAGUAUGAUACUACGCUAGGCACCUUCCUCGUUGGCAUCAUCUUCAACACCUAUCUCUAUGGGUUGGUGACGUUCCAGUUCGCGAAGUACUGGCGAACCAAGUUCGAUGAUCCCCUUGCGAUCAAGCUUAUGAUCUUCUUUCUGUUUGUUCUUGAUACUUUCCACAGCAUGGCGGUGGUCUACAUGCUCUGGUGGUACUGUGUAACCAACUACACAAACCCAUCGGUAUUGGCUUUUGGUCAUUGGCCGCACAUGUUCACCCCGAUUGCGACCGCAUUGGCUGCCGUCAUGACACAGACUUUCCUAGGAUAUCGUAUCUAUCGUCUCUGUCGUAGCAAGAUGAUCUACGGUCUCAUUUUAGUCAUCGCCAUCCCCGCUUGCGUAUUGGGUAUAAUCACCGGUGUUCGCGCAUUAAUCAUUCAAGUGUUGGCAGGACUUCCCGUCUUAAAUAAUAUUAUCAUCGGAUGGCUCGCUAUGCAAGUCGGGUGUGACUUCUUAAUUACCGGCAUUUUGAUAUUUUUGCUUUGGCGUUCCAAAACUGGCUUCCGGAAGACUGAUAGUGUAGUUAAUCGUCUAAUGCGUGGCGCAGUUCAGACAGGUCUCUUUGCCGGUAUAUUCUCCGCAGCGGACCUGGCAACGUUCCUCACUCUUCCGGAAACCAAUUUGUAUGGUAUGUUUGCUAUCCCCAUCGGUCGUAUCUACACCAAUACGUUGCUUGACACACUACUCGCUCGUGGCGAACUGCGAGAGAUCCUUGCCGGUUCUAUUGAUAUGGAUACUACUCAAGGUGGUGGACAGAGUACUGUCCAGUGGUCGAAUCGCCCACUGCAACCGCAGGGUCUACAACUGACUGAAGUGUCAGUGCAGCAAGAUGUUGUCACUUUUCACGAUGAUGCUCAUGAACAAGAGCAGAGCGGCGACGAAGCUAGUUUCAAGAAGCCAGGGUCCAUGCACAUCCCCGUCUGAGGUUGAUGACUCCUUUUGUCCCACUUUUUGCUUAAGUUGUCGUAUAUUGUCAUAUUGUUUCAUUUUGUGCUAUGGUCUGUCCAUAUCAGUUGUGCUCUCUGUGCUCUCCGCUCGCUUCUCUUUCUCAUUCUUCACCUUUGUAGUGCUUACAUCCCGAAAGACUGUAUUGUACAUAUCUUUCACGCCGGCCUGACCCAGAUCGAAUAGAUCAUAUUAGCUCGUUUAAUUUACUCGUUCAACACCGUCUGUAUCGUAAGCAACUAAGCGUCAUUGUGGUGUUCUGAUUAUAUACAUUAUUCUCUACAGUAUGUGACAUUGCU